AUGUUAUGGUUUCUGUCGAUGUGGCUCAGAAAACACCCCCAGGACUUCUGCGACUCUCCAGACGCGGUCACUGUGAAGAGGCUGGUGGACUACAUAAGGCUAAACGUGCCGUCCACAGAGGUUGCAAUGCAAACUGAGGAGCUGCUAUCAAUGCUGGAAAAGCAGGAGUCCAAAAACGGAUGCCCUGGUCUGGAACCAGAGCUGGACCCCUGUCGGGUGUGGCUGCACUUAUUUCUAGCUGCUGGUGUGCAAUUAGGUAACCCAGAGCCUGUUUCCCCUCUUCCUGGUGUUGAUAUUUAG